CGCGUCGGUCUGUGCGCACUGGCGACGCACCGGAGGACCCUCAUUAGAGCUCACAGCGACUCAACACACACACCAAAGUGCAUGGGAACAUGUCGCAGUACAUUCUAGGAGUUCACCUUCAGAUCGUGCUGGCUGUGGGUCUGGCUGUGUUCUGCUACUGUCUUGUUCUGGGUUGCAUCCUCUGCUGUCGCAAAAAGAAGAGUGUUUCGUCAGAGGACAAGGAGGCAGUUUUCUUGUCUCCUCAUCGAGCUGAGCAUGUGACCGUGACACUGACUCCGUCUCCGUGUACUCAACCUGUCAAACAGCAGUAUGAGGAGCUGGAGGGGGACGUACUGGAGUUCCCCUCCUCUAAGAGCAGCUCCUCUCCCUCUGAAGAUGACCUCACUGCUCUUCCCUUUGACGCCAGCCCUACUAGAGCGGAUGAGCUGCGACAAUCCCCCAGGUCCACUUUUCCAAUGCGACGCCUCAGCACCCCUAUUCCCUUCUCACCCAGUAAAUCACCCAGUAAAUCACCGAGUCAUGGCAGAGCCUCUUUGCCCUCCCUCACUAAGCUGAGCCUGGUGUCUAAAUCUCGACGGGCGAUGGGUCGACGCAGCACAGUGAGCGGUGAGAGUUUCCUGUGCAGCGAGAGCAUCCGGCUGACUGCUGGUGCUGCCUCAGCCUCCACAAAGCAGAGCGAGGCCGGUCUGUCCCAGUACGGCUCCAACGCCCUCUCCAUCCCCUCUAAACCAGCCCCUCUCCUGCACUUUUCCCUACUCUUCUCCUCUGCUUGUGGCACUCUGGUGGUCAACAUCCUGGGGCUCUCAGGGGCCAGUCGAAAACGGAGUGGGAUAUUUGUCCGGGCCAGCCUUCCGCCCCUGUGCCCCUCCCCUCAGCAGUUAUCCUCCCGGCGCCGCAGCCUCAGCCCUGACCUCCACAGCCAGAGCUUCGUGCUGCAGGUGGGCUCUGUGGACGAGCUGCGCACCUGCACCCUGAGGCUGGCCGUCUACAGCAAGGACUUCUCCGGCCUCAGAGAAGCCGCCCUGGGGGUGAUGGAGCUGCCAUGUGAUCAGAUGGACUGGGAGCCUGACACCACUACUACCUACACCCGACAGCUGAGCCCAACUAAAACCAAGCUGAAAAAGAGUGUGAGUUCUCAGGAAACGCUGGGUCACAGGAAGACUUCGAUGUGUGCACCGCGGGUUUUAGGUCAACUCUUCAUCCUGUUGCAGUAUCAGACGUUGGCCCAGCGCAUCAAGGUGAUGGUGCGAAAGGCGGAGAAUCUGGCAAAGCUCACACGUAUCCCAGGAACUCCAGACCAUUAUGUUGUGAUCAACCUGCGUCAAGAUGGGAAGGUGAUUGCUACCAAGGAAACCAAAGGGGCCAGCGGUCCAAACCCCAUCUGGAACGCCCCAUUCCUGUUCGACCUGCCUUCUGGAGACAUCACUCAGCUGCCACUGGUUCUUGAAUUCAUCGUCAUGCAGGGUCGUCUCUACACAAAGAGCAGCAUCCUGGGUCACGUCCUGAUUGGCAGCAAUGUUUCAGAGGAGGGUCAGGCACACUGGAAGGAAAUGGGCUCUCGAGGGCAAAUAGAGACGGCUCGUUGGCACACCAUUCAGCCCGAUGUGCUGUAAAUGGGAUUGGACAGACGGGGGCUAGGUCCAGUGUCCAUCUGUUGUCUGCUGAGUGAACCAUGGACAUGUGGAAGGCCAAAUGAGUAUUAGUUUUUAUUUCUAUUUUCCAGGGUUUUUGUUUUUAUCGACUGGUUUUUGGUUGUGGAUUUUUGGUAAAUAUAAAGACUCGAAUUAUUUUCCAUUGUCGGCAGAAAUUCCAUGGAUUAGUCACCUUGCAAGAGCGCCCAUGUGAGAUCGACAGUAUCAUAGGUGCUACUUACAUCAUGUAUUUCGAUGCGUCAUAUGUGAAGAUGUACUGAACAGGAAGGAUGGAGGGAUGGGCAGCAGCUUUCCCCAGAUCAACAGUAUUAAUGUAUGUCCGCUGUUAUCUCACAACUGAAGUCUGUAAACACUUUAUUGUUCAAUGGUUAAAUGUAACUCGUGCCUAUGUUGUGGUUCUGUUGUGUUGUGAGGAGAUUUUUAACAGUCUCUCAAAGAACAUAAAAAAGAGUUGCAGAUAAAAAAUACUGAAUGGUUGUGAUUGAUUGCAUGAUGACUUUGGAAAACAGCUAUGGCGUUUCACCUUUGAAUCACCUGGUUUAGUGUUUAGAAAAGUCAGUGUCAGUCACAACAAACACAUGAUGAUAAUAAUAGUGUGUCAACAAAUGUUUUUUUUUUUUAAUAAGGAUUCAAAAAAAAUAAUCAAGGUGACAAAUAAUAACGGAUAUUUGCAAGCGAUAUACAUUCAAAAAUCACAAACUUUAGUGUCAUAUCCCAGC